AUGAGCGCCGCGGUGCCUCCCUCGCCUCUCUCUCUGGCUGCGGAAAUUGAAGCCGCAAGGCACGACGGGGCAGUUCUAGCCAGAGAAGAAAGCGAGAGAGAAGCGACGACGCCGCAAGGAGAGCAAGACGCGCCGGAGGAAGAGGUGGCGCAAGGGACAGCUGAGGGAGACGAAGAGAGGAAAAGGAAAGCACGAGAAGAGGUGGCUUUCCUUCUUCAACAACGCGAGAAUCUUCGGAACGUGCACCGCCUCCUCCAGCAACAACACUCUCUCCUCGUUGCACAACGGAGAGAGAGAGAAAGAGGCAAGCGUGACGAAUGGAACGCGGGCGAGGAGACAAAGGAAGAAGACUCGACGGAAGAGCGAGAGGGAGCAACGGGACAGGCAAAGGCGCGAGUGAACGCCGGGCCAGAGGACCGAGAGGAAAUCGCGAGGGAGCAGCCGGCGAAGCGAAGCGUUCAGCAGGGCGAAAUCGAGACCCACGGAACGAACGGCGAGAGGGAGAAAGAACAGCGUCUCUGCUCAGCCUCCACAACCGCCAACGGAGGGACCAGUCGGUAUUCUUCCUCCGUCGGGGAGCCUCCUUUUCCUGCUGUUCGUGGCGAAGAGGCCGACGGGGAGAGAAGAGAGAUAACAGAGGGAGAUGGCGUUUUUUCGGCGAGGGAAGAGCGAUUUGGAAACGCGCGAGAUGCUCUGCAGACAGAAGCCAAGCCUCGCGAAGCAGCCGCGCGGGGUUCGGACGCGGGAGAGGCAUGCAGCGCGGGAAACGGAAAGGGAGAGGACAGGAGCGAAGUUGUCCUAGGUGAAGACUCAAGUGUCCCGAGAACUCCUGAAGAGUCGCUGGGCGACUCUGAAGAAGCGUUUCAAACAUCUCUGGAAGAAGAAAUGCAUCUCCUAGACCCCAGCCCACUUCCCGCCGCCGUCGACACAAGUCCUCCGCAAGACUCCGCUUUGUCUGAUUCUGCUGCGUCUGCUUGUUCGCCAGCUUCCGCGUUUGCUUCCUUCUCUUCCGCUUUUCUGGACCAGCGAGAGGUGACCCAGGGCUGCGAGGCGCGGUGCGAUGCGGCAGCCUCCCCUGCGUUUUCUCCUGAUCGGGCUGAGGACACGCCUUCCCCGUCCUGUGGACCCAAACCUCGCGGCGGCUUCACGGCCCCCACCUUCUCUCCGUUUUUCUUCUCGAGCGCUGCGCGCUUUCCUUCUGCUUCCGACGCUUGUUCCUCUAGGCUCGCGUCCCCUGUCACGCCUGCGCGUUCUCCCGACCGCGCGCGCGCGCAGUGUACAGACAGCGCAACCCGAGUCGUCUUUGCGUGUCCGGGCGUCGUUCUCACCCCGGCCUUUCGAGUCAAUCCGUUUCGUCGCCGAGAGGAGCGCGAGAGAGGAAACGAAGACGAGAGCAAUCUGUUCAGCGCAGCUUCGAGCAGCAGCCUCGAUGCCAGGGAGGGCGAAGCCAGCGAGAGUGGAGAGGGGACGGCUGAGGAUCCGCGAUGUCUCGAAGAGGCGCCGAGCGUGUCGGUUUCUUCUCCCGUGUCGGUUGAGAGCGACCGGGAGGAAGAGAAGCGUCAAGAGCAGCAUCUGUUCAGUCCUGAAGAGAAAUCUGCAUCUGCUUUUCCGUCGUUUUCCUCUGCUCACCAGGAAUCGAAUGGUGAAGAGCCAGUCGCGACGCGGCGUCUGUGCGGGUCCCCUCUCGCACCGGUUGCCGUCUCUUCCUCGCUCCCUUCUGAGAGCUCGUCCUCGCUAUCUUCUCUGCUCCUGGGUCCGCAGUCAGUGCCUGGGUCUCCAGAUGUGAAAUCUCAGCCUCCAGCGUCGUCUCUUUUCGUCUCCCGCCCGUCCGCACCCUCGAGCCCGCUGUCUCCGCCCGCUUCGCACUCUCUCGGUGGCCGCCCAUCUCUGGAGACCAGCUACCGCGAGAAACUGGACGACGCGUUUCUCGGGAAAUCUCUGCGAGACGGGGGGGAGACAGAGGAAGCGCCGCAUCGGCCCCUCCCUCUGACCGUCGCAGAUCUCCACGACAAACGACCGCAGCCGUCCCUUGCUGGCGGAGGGUCUCCCGCGAGCCUGUUUGUCUCGUGCGUCGCUGUGGACCGAAGAUCCGACUUCCGCGCGUCCCGCGCUUCUCUGUCUCUCGCACCGAGCGCCGCGUCUGCCUUCUCUCUGCAUUUCCGCGGGCGAACUGACAGAGCGAAGCACGAAGGACUCGAGGCCGAACCCGGACGUGGGGGGAAGGCCUCCAGUGUUGCGCCCUGCUCCUCGCUGUUCUUCCCUCGCGAAGAUGGAAACGUCCCGGGCAUCCAACAGUCUCAGACCGAGCACAUUUCUUCGCCGUCCUCGUCUUCCUCUCCCUCAUCCUCUCCCUCUUCUCGCGGUGCGUCCUCGGCGUCUGAGUCUGGUGCGGGUCUUGGCGCUCGAACAGAAAAGCUGCCUGGGUCGUCUGUGGCGCUUCCGGCGGCUCGCGCCUCGAACGCGUCUCUCCUCAACUCGUCUCUCCUGGCCUCGUCGCUCCCGUCGCCCAGCCUCAGUUCCAAAGCGCCGUCUUCUCUCUCUGCUUCGCUCUCGGGGGACGCGGGUCGCUCAUCUUUCUUCCCCUCCUCCCUCCCGCUCCACCAGUCUCUGCCUGUCUCCUGUCUCCUCGCGUGCAACCCAGCUCUCGAGCGCGCGCGGCGCCGCGGCAGACAGACGCUGGACGUGUGCAAAAUCGAGUUUCUCCCAACAGCCACUGGCCGCGCGUCGAUGCUCACCGUGCGCGCACGAGCUCACCGCGCGUUUCGAGCCGCGCUGAACCGCGAAAGAGACGAGGCGAAGAAGGCGCGUCUCCGCGCGCACAAAGCGCGCGCCUGCAAAGCGCAGGCGCACGCAGUGGCGAGUCCGGGACUGGAGACCUGGGAACAGCGUCGUCGACGCUUGCGGGAAGAAGAAGCGAGCGGGGACGGCAUGAAUUGGAGUCUCGCGUCUUCCGCCUCGCCGCUCUCCUCCCUCUCGUCACAGGAAGAGAGCGACGAAGAACCCGGCUUCGCAGAGGCCGAGGGACUCCGAGAGGACACCGGCCGACUGUGCUGCGUCCCCUGCGUAUUUGUCGCGCCGUCCCUCUCCAUGCUCCUCCGGCUCUCGGCUUAUAUUCGGUCGCGGGCGGAAGAGCGCGAGGAACGCGAGUGGACGGAGAGCGACGAAGAUCAGGAGGACACCGCAGGCAGUUUGGUUCUCGGAUGGAGAGAAAUCCUCGAGCACCGCUGGGGGCCGUGCGAGCGACUCACACAGCCGACGCUUCAGGCGCUCUUGCAGGCGUUCAUGCCGCGUUCGUGGUACCAGUUUUUCCAGUUGACGCAUCUGUCGACAUCCCUGCCGUUCUUUUCCUCUCUCUUUCCCACGUCCUCGGCGCUUGCGCACCCGUCCCUCUCGCCGCAACUGUCGCUCUCGUCUGCCUUCCUCGAGGAGCACCUGGCCGCAUUCUCCGCGCUCCGCGACCGCCUCUAUGACAUGCGUCACCGGCUAGCUUGCUGCUCGCGCGCGUUGUUGCCCGCGGGAGCCCGCUCUCCCGCAACCCGAGCAGACCAAGACGGGAAUUCUCGGCAAAACGGAGACAGCGAGCGGCAGGUGGGGGCUUUCAGAAGACAGACCUCUCGGACGUUGGCCUUCUCGGGCGACGAGCCCGACCACGAAGGCCUUCUCGGUCUCCUCGGCGAAGCGUCCCAGCUGUAUCUGCGGCUCGUGAUUUUGAUUCAGGAGCUCCAGGCUUCGCGAUUUGGGCGGCAAACGUGGGUGUCGACGCGCCUGGAAAACGUCGCUGGCGGCGAUCCGCGCCCGCCCCGCCUGGACAGAGCUUCGAGCCCCGCGGCUGCGCCUUCCUCCGCGGAGUACCGCGUCUUCCAGAAACUCGUCGUGCUCCAGCAGAGCGUCGACGUCUUCCUCGCCGCCUCCUGCUGGAUGGCGAAACUCGCCGAUGAGCUGGUCCUCAUGCAGCGCGUGUCGCGGGUUCUCCGCGCGAGGCGAGUGUCGGGGCCUGGCGCUCAGGAGAGCAGCAGGUUCUUCAAGUCGGGGCGGCUUGGGGGCGCGAGCUCGGGCGACCGUGAAGAGCGAGGGGAGGGCGCGACGGCGGAGGUCGGGCCGAGUCGACGAGACACGCAGCUGGGGCACGACGGGCCCCGCGCGGGCCCCAGGACGUUCUUCUCGCUGUCUGCGGAUGACGUGGAAAGCCAACAGAAAUUCAUCGAAAAAAUUGUCAAAACAUGCGUCCGAGACGCCCAGCACCUCGACAAACUCCGAGACGCUCUCAUCGAGCUCAUGUACCUCCGAGGAGAAGAGAGUGGCUCUGAGGAGGGCGAGGAGAACGGGACGCCUCGUGGCGGGGGUGGGUCGUUUGUUUCCGCGUCAGAUGCAGCGAGUCGAGUGUCUGUGACAAAGGGACCCGAGAAGAGCAGUUCGCGCUCCUUUCCCUUUUCUUCUUUCCCGCUCCAUUUCCGCGAUCAGUUCGGCCUGACGGAAGAGUCGGCUUCGUCGCUGCUCCUCCUCGCCUACGCCCUCGAGGCGCGGCGCCCUGCAGCGGUCUGUUUGGCCUAUCUCCGCGCGACGGCUCCGCACCUUCUCCGGCCGCUCCCCUCGGGCGAGGCCGGGGCCUCUCUGGCUGCUUUGCUGCCUCGGGCGUAUCUGGAGAACCCCGAGGCUCUCGCCCGCGAGGCUCUCGAGCUGGAGGGUGCGCAGGAAGCGAGAGAAGAACGCGGCGGUCUCGAGAGCGGGAACAAAGCUGGCGAGGGGAGAAGAGAGGAAGAGUGUGGGCGGAACGCAAGCGAGCGAGACGCAAGUCCCGAAGAGAAGCACUGGGAAGAAUUUCUGCGCGCCCUCGACGGCAGUCCCGUCGGGGAGGUGGUGGCCGAGAACGCCAAAGGCGAGAAAGGAGACGGCGGCGGCGUACAGCGAGGCGUUUCACGGGAAGGCGAGCGAGCGGAGGAGUCGUUCCUGCUCACGUCUGUCUCGUCGCAUUUGCCUGCUGGGUCUGUUUUCCGGUCUGGCCUCGCCGCGCGACCUUCACAGGUGGGAAGGGACGAGCAAAGCCUCAGACACCGAACUGGGGAAGAGCCGAGACGCCGUUUGCCUCAAGAGUCGGAGGACGCGUUUGAGAAACUCGAGCGGCUCCUCGACCCCGCACUCCUCGAUCCCGUGGGCCUCAAGCGUUUUCUCGCCCUGCCGCCGCAAGGGGAAGGCGAGCGAAGAGGCCGAGAUGCGCCUGCUCCGUCGCGUUCUGGAGGCGACAAGCUAGGAAACGCUUCGUCGUUCGCUCUUGAGCCGUGUGCGCCUGUCGCUGCGUUUGGGAGAAGGCCCUGGGCAACCGAGUCGCGGGGACCGCGCAUGCACAGCGUCUCUUCAGGUCCGGAGUUUGCUGAGCGUUGCGAGGCCUCAGCGUCUCUCCACAGAUCGAGGCUUCCCAGAGAGCGGAGCUUCAAGUCUGCGUUGCCGCUCUCCGAGCAAGUCCCCCCUCCCUGUGACGGUCCCGCUUCGUUCCGUACCCGACUUCCUGCGGGGAUGAAGCCAGACGAAACAACGCCACGCGCAACGCGAAAACAGAUCUUCUCUUCGUUGCCGCCCGUCGGCCGGCGCUUGGAGAUGCGCGCGCGCCAGCGCGAAACGAAACGGCAACAAACGUCCCUCUCCAUGGAGUCCGCUGCUCCUCAGGGCGCGUCUGUGCUGUCUCCGAGGGUGGCGGCUGCAGAGAGGCACGGGGCUCUGACUUGGACGCGGCGGGGCCCGACAGAAACGCCUCGCGAGGACGCACCGAGGUACCGAGAGGAGUCGAGAGACAGAGAACUGCGAGAAGAGAGACGCGAGCUCGACGCCGCGCGCAGGUCUCGGCUCGCGUCCCUGCGCUCUGAGUGCGUGUCGACGCGUGGGAGGAGCGGAGCAAUAGCCAAGGCGAAGUCUGUGAAAAACGCGUCGCCAACUUCGCGUCUAACUGGCGAGAAAGAAGGGGUCGCCCCUGACGCGCUCUUUGGCGAGCGCGCAAGACCCGCCUCAGGGGAUCUCAGUGAAGAAGAGUGUCUCCGGCGGGGACGGAGACCGGGGAAGGCGCGGUCCGGCGAGUCGGAGACAAAGACGCCCAGAGAAGGCGGUUCGCCGCCGCGGAGCUGGAGCCGCGCCGAAGAUGCCUCGGGCGAGACGCGAGGCAGGGAAGCGAAGCGCGUGGAGAGUCGCGGCACUCUGGCAGGUUCGGUGGAGAACGGGACGAAGCGAGAGACGCAGGGAGACAGCUGUUCUCCCGUCUCUCGGAGCGCGAGCGAGGCAGCUGCGCGCUCUCCAGUCCGAGAGACAGCGCCGACCCCAGCUUUGGAGCCCGAGAGACACCUGAGGCGCUGCGUUGGGGCAUCGCGACCGUGGUCGGGCGAGGAGACAGUUGAAGGCGUUUCGGAGACCGAAGAGCCGCGCGACCGCAGCGGAAACGAGACAGAGGAAACGAGGGACCGGAGACUGCGAGAAGACGCCCACGCCGUCGCGCUUCGACAGGCGCGUCUGUCUGGGCGGCUGGAGGAGAUUGAGAGGCGGAUCCACGAGAAGCGCGAGGCGGUUCGGCAGUGCGAAGAGGAGUUUUCUUCUCUGCGCGUGCCGCAGUUGUCGCGUUUCUUUUCUUCGACUGUCGCCUCGGCCCCCGCCGCUCUAGGGCAAGUCCCUGCCGGAGUCGCGCGGACCGUGGCGUUGCUGCGAGACCGCCGAACGAAGCUUUCCGGCGAGCUCCGUGAGACCGAGGGGCGAAGGGGCGAGCUCUGCGCGUUUCUCGCGGCGCUGGAGAAGCGGAAGAAGGUGCUGAACGCGGAACUGCGGAGACGAAAGAGCCGCCGAAGGACCCGACAGACGGACGGCGCGCAGGCUGACACGUCCGCGAAGAGAGACGCAGACGUCUUGCGGGAGGCGACAGACGGCACCCUUCUUCCGCGUGGCCUGCGGAACCGCGAAGAGGGUUUUUCGCAGUUCGCGACGGAGGGCGAGGACAGAGAAGACGUUGCUCCGUCUCGCCGUCUCACGGAGGACGACUGGAAGAAGACUGCCUGGUUUUUCGCCCCGUCGAUCGGCGAACUGACCGCAGAGCUCUUCUCGCCCCGGCCCGCUGACGCAGAAAAAGCCGAGACGCGAGAAGCGAGCGAGAGCAGACAGACGCCGGGGACGUGUAGGUCCGCCUCGGCGGCGCUGGCGAAGUCUCCCUCGCGCACUGGGGCUGUUGCUCGCGACGAAAGUGCGGCGCGGGCGUCGAGGCGCGAAGGCCUGACAGCGGGAGCUGGAAGACGAAAAACGGGGAGCAGAACGCGACCAGAAGACCAGUCCCAGGUCGCAGGCGAGAGGCGCGCAGAGAGCGCGGUGAGCGCAGAAGGUUCGGCGCGUCGUGCGCCUCGUUCGGGCGGAGGCGCCGUCGGGUCUGGGUCCCCGCCGCCUGGGGCCGCGCAGGAGAAGACUGGCGGCGAGGCGCAGGAAGCGAGAAAGGGAGAAAGCUCUGGUUUGCUCUUCUCAGGGCUGAAGUCUUUCUUUGACCUCGCCCAACAAGUCGGAGGCAGCUUCUACAAGAGCGACAGCGAGACAGAGCCGAAAACGACAGAACGGUGUGUCGCGUCCUCUGCGUCACCUUCGCUCCGGGAUGCUUCGGGUUGCGAAGGACAAGGCGCGAGAUCCGAGACUGGGCCGCGUUUUGACGGGGCGCCCGACCCUGCUUCGACGCCGUCUCUCAACCCGUGUCUUCCAGCGACACCGGGCGGAGAGAGAGGAGACGACGUCUCGGUGCGCUUCGAGGAGGAGCUCGAGGCGGAGAUGCAGGCCUUUGAAGGAGGCGGAGGGGACAGCGCGACAAAAAGGGACACGGCCGAGAGCAAAACUGUCUCUUUGGCAACGAGGAACUGCGGGGACGAGCCGCGCGUCCGGGCGUCUUCCUUCUCUCCUGUCGCGUUCGAGAAGUGCCAGGCAGCUGCGUCCUCUCAGGUCGAGAGAGGCUCGGGAGGAGCGGCCAAAGAGGGACAGGCGCCCGCAGAAGCGAGACGGGACCUUUCGUCUCGCGUUGAGGCGAAGGCAGAAGAGACUCGCAGCGUCUCCCGGCAGUCAGAGAAACACGGCGACAAACAGAAGAAAGAUUGCGGCCGACGCGGAGCAGCCUCGUGCACGCCUUCUCGCCUGAGAUCCGAAGGCCGAGAAGCGGCGAGACCGAAUUUGACGUCGCGAGGCGGGCAGAAACCGCCUUCUUCCUCGUCUUCCUCGUCGGAUGUGGGCGUCUUGCAGGGGAAGGAGGAGAUUAGGCAACGGCGAGCAAAGGUCUUGGCCCUCGCGGCGCGCCAGAGAGAACAAGCGAGAAGGAGGAAGGGAGAGCUACAGUCUCAUGGCGCCGAGCGAGACAGAGGCGAAGCGAGCGUUCGAGUUCCGCCCUCGAAAGACGAGAGCGGUCUGGCGUCCGAGACUGGAAAAGCGAAGGACGGAGAAGAAAGGCAGGAGUCGAAAGAGCUAAACAAGGAGGAACGAGAGAAGGGAGAGAACGAAGACUUUGCGAGUGCCGCCACCGCGCAGAGCACAGCUAUCUCUGCGCUGUCAAGACUGAAUUCCUUGUCCUCGCUGGUGCUGGCCGAUAGGCCUCUUUCCGCGGCUGUCUCUUCGCACGCUCUCUCGCCGCUUCCCUCGGAGGACGAAGAGGAAGACCAGAGAGAAGGAGGAGAAGCGAGCGAGUCUGAAAAGCCGAGGGCGGAGACGGAAAGAGACGAGAAGGCGCCAAACAAAGACGAAGGGUGGAGAGAAAGACAAAGUGGAGACAGAAGCGACGAACGCCUGUGGAAGCACUCAGGAGACACAGGAGACACGGUGUUGUCUUCUCCGAGCGCGAGAGCUGGUGAUGCCGCUCAGGACGCGAAACUCUCGAUGUUGAUGUCUCGUGCUACCGUCUAUUGCUCGCGGUCCCUGAGAACUGUUGAGGGUUUGUCACCCCAGUCUUCUUCCUGGCAAGGCGACGCGGUGUCUCCGGCUGCUUUCGCUGCUCGGCAUUCUCUCUCUUUCUCUUCUCUCUCGUCUGCGAGCAUGAGAAGCGCGGCGGGAGUGGCCGCAGAAGCAGAGAGGCGGAAGGGGAAGGAAGCGGAGAAGACGGAAGAGCGGAAGAGACGAAACCGGGGGAGACAGAGAGAGGGAGGCCUGCUGCCGACGGUCGUGGAGAACGCCGUUCGUCUCGCGCGGCAGAGAAUUCGCGACAAGAAUCUCCUCUUUCGAAAAAUCGACGAAGCGAAGCAGAAAGAACAAGAGAACAGGAGACUUGACCGUUUUGCGCGUCGAGAUCAGCGCCUUCGUCUCUUCAUCCGGCGGCAGCAGGAAGAACUGCGGCGUCUCCAAGCUUCCCAAGACGCCCGUCGUGCCUCUUUGGAGGAUCCAGAUCCGCGCUCGUUUUCUCUCCCCUUUUCGCCGCUCUCCGCCGAGGUGGGUGAGAUCCUGUCGAGCGGUCCUCUCCUUUUGCGGGACGGAGUUGUGGUGCUCACAGAGGGCCAGGCGGCCUUGGCUGCGGCUCGGGAAGCUUCUCGAGGUCUCCAAGUAGAGGCACGAGCCGAGAGAGAGGCGAGAGAGGAGAGGACCGAAGGAGAAGGCGGGGCAAGACGCGUUUCGACGAACGAGCACGCGGCGGGGAAGCGAACUCCCGAGUUCCCCGUCGGUGACGGCCUGCGCGACACCGGAGAAGAUGGGAGGCGAGCGCCAGAAGAAGCGACCCCAGAACUCCCGUCAGCCUCCGCUUCGUCUUGUCUCGCCCGCGCGCGUUAUUCUCCGCACCUCGCGAGAGAAGCGGCGAAUUCGGCGGGCGCACAGGGCGAUCUGUCAGGCCUCGAAGAGACGGAACGGUUCCCGCAUCGGCGAGAAGGCGAAGGAAACGAACGAGACGAGACCGACGGACGCGCGCUGGCGAGGGAGAAUGGACUGUCCACAACCCGGAGCGAGAAAGAGACGCCUUCUCUCUCGUCCCGCCCUUCUCUUCACCUCGCUGCACAUGCCGCUCCUCUCCGUUGUGCGUCCUAUGAUACAACGCGCGGUUCGUCUUGCGUCGAAGACGCAGGCCGAGGCGUGGGAAAACCAGAGACUUUCGAGGCGCGAAACUGUCGCGAAAACGCAGCGCCGGUAGCCGAGGCCGCGACGCCAGACGUUCUGUCUGCCGGGGACGAGGAGAGCAGUGCCCGAAGGCUUCCCCCGCGAGACACUGAGAGCCGGAGCGUGGAGGAAAGCCUCUCGACGCGGGAAGAAGCCAGGCUCUCAGAAGAGAGAGGCGUUUUCGGACGGAACGGCAGUUUCCGAGAACCGAACGGGUUGCUUCGAGGGGAACAAGCAGAAGAAAGGUCGGGCUCGGAAGACAGAGAUUCCCCGACAGAUGUGUUGACUCUGCGCGACUGCAGACGAGCGCCGGGGGCGCUGAGCGGCGGCGCGAGUGUCUGUACACCGUCGGCAGCAGAGUUGGAGCCAACCCGUGAUAUGGACGCGAGGCUUGAGAAAUUGGAGACGCUGAGGAGAGAACUGCACGAGCUCCGUCGGAGCAAGUCGAGCACCGCAACCGACACCAGUCUCGACGGGCCUUUGUCGACCUGCGCUGCCUCGUCCUCGGCGCCUGCUGUGGCUGUCCGCACUUCGCUUUCCCUCAUGCUGAAAAAGGUCGAGCCCCGUGCGGCGUGUGUCUUGACGCCGACGGGGAAAGAGCGGAAACUCCUGACGCCCAAACAACUUGGCAGAGAAAGCAGCUCGGCUCUUCUCGCGAGGUUUUUGGAGCCGCAGGCGCAAGACACCUGCGAGGAAGCGCGACAAGGACGUCUGAGGAUAUCUUGGAGGCUGAGUGAGACGCAGAGUGCGCGGGCAAGCAGCCGAGGCGAGCGAGAUCACGCAGGCCAGCCUGCUUUGCGCGGCGUCACGAAACGAAGCACUGGCAGCGGAACAGAGGCGGUCGCCGAUGCGACACUUGCGACUCUGGCCUCUUCGAAAUUCCACACGGUUUCCCCUCGUGGUGUAUCGGGGAAAGAAAGAGGGGAGGCCGGUCCUCAGCUGCUGAGGGAGUCUUUCGCAGGCCUGGAGACAGUGCGACAGGAAGACAGCAGAGACAGGGAAGACCGUCUCUCCCUGCUGUCUCUCGACGAGUCGGCCCUCGGCGAGGGCCAGAGCAGUUGGGUGAAAAGAGAGGAAGAGGACGCGUGGGAAAGGUACUACCAGCAGAUCGCCGAUGAGAAGAAGCGACCGAGUCGCGUGGAAGGGGCGGGAGACGAGAGAGCACGAGAAGAAACGAGAGAAAGCGCUGGAGAGAGGGGAUUCGGCUAUGCGAGAAGCCGACUCGGACGAGGCUUCGACGCCCCACUGGAUCCGCACUUGGGUCGAAGGCAGGAAGAAAGCGAAAGUUCGAGCGAAGAGUGGAGUCGCGCACAAGACAGGCGCCGUGCGUCCCGCGGCGAUGGAAGAAAAACCUGCCUGAGCGAAAGCGAAGAUGACAACGCGAGAGGGCUCAGAGUGGAGAACGGAUCGAGCCGGGGCGAGACGCGGAAGACGCCUUCUUUCGCCGUUCUUGUUGCCCGUGCCGCAGAAAGGCAGCAGAGGCUGCACAGUGCGCGAAACAGAAGCAGAGGAGACCUAGGCGUGGAACACGACAUGAGCGCUGAGGAGGUUGAAGAAGCGCAAGAUGCGUUCGACAUGCUUCUCGAGACAGGAAAAUUCAGACAGGGUACAGGAGUGAGGGGAGAUAGACUGAGAGGGAGGAUCGUCGUUACAGGCCGGCAUCGAUUGUCGGGAAUCGAUUUUGCGGUUAAGGUCGUUCACAAGACGACACUGAAGGCUGUGGACACGAAGGCAAUGUUUUAUCGGGAAAUUGAUUGUCUACGGUCACUAUAUCAUCGGAAUAUUCUUCGGUACUACGACUUCUUCGAGGAUGACACUUUCUGUUACGCGAUACUCGAGUUGUGCCAGGGAGGCGAUCUGCUACAGCGACUGAAGAACAUGCCUGUCGUUACUGAGGCGCACAUCGUAAAAUACGUGAGACAAAUGCUGGCAGCAAUUCAACAUUGCCACCAGAAUGGGGUCAUGCAUAGGGACCUGAAGACAGAGGACGACGAUUCGCCUUUAGUCCUGAUUGACUUUGGGCUGGCUUUACGAUUCGUACCCGGAAUCAAACAGACCGUCGUCUGUGGCAGUCCGCGGUAUAUCGCACCGGAAGUCUUUAAGCAAGCCUACGACGAAAAAUGCGACCUUUGGAGCUUGGGCAUUGUCGUCUACGCCAUGCUUUAUGGUACCCAUCCAUUUGGGGUUAACGCGAAGUCAACAUUCCACGAAAUUCGGGCGCAAAGCUUUGUUCAAGCCCUACUGCAGCACGAUCCAGAACAAAGGCCAGAUGCUUCUGAAGGAGUUGACGAACCUAGUCCUCACACCUUGUGGCGCAUGAUUAUGUCACGAGUGCCUGGCGAGAAACGAAAGCGCAUGUCCUUGAAUUUUGCCAGCGAAUAA